AUGUCCAGUUGUGAGGAAGACCCCGGUGGCAAGUUUACGAAAUCAAUGGAAUCAUCCAGUGACGCCGUAGACGCGGCGAACUCCAGGGUGGCGGAACUGUUAAGAUCCCCAGACGACCUGGUUAAGACUAGUCUGUUGCGCAAAAGGCUUGCGACAGAGAAAGCUACGAUCGAUGCUCAACUAAAGACGGGAGUAAAAGUGCAAUUAGACAACACACAAGAGGGGAUCGAGACCUUGACCACUUCCGUGCAACAAAUGUUACUCAUCAAAGAAAACAUGCAAGCCAUCGAUCGUUUAUGCUCGGAAGCGCAGGGCAUGAUUAAACAUUUUCCUAGAAUAAAUAAGGUGAUAUCUCAAAUUCAUCGUAAUUUCGUUGCGACGCAAGAAACUGUUCAAAAAUUACAAGAAAUGUAUUCGACGGUGGAUCAGAUACAAAAUCUGUUACAACAGGACAUGCUAAACGUUUAUGGACCCGCAAGAAAUCUAUUGAAUGUUCACUAUCAACUAUUUCGACUACAAGAAUUUCGAGACAACACAAUGUAUCAGGCUAAAAACUCUUCUUUGGGUGGCGACGUGCUUACGUUGGAACAGUAUUUCAAGAGAUUGGAUGAAUUGUCAUUGGACUUUGUCGAAUACCUCUGGACAUUGGCUAAAAACAUCAUGGAAUUUGCCAGGAAGGGUCAAGGAUCUGUUAUCGUUUGUCUAAUCAAGGUGAUAGAGGCCGAAGAAAGAGCGGACGAAAGAGCAACAGCGGCCGAACAUGCGAGACACAGCCAUCAAGACCUGGCGGUCAAAUUCAAAUCGAUUCAAACCAGUCCGCGCGUGAUAAAAUCGUUUCGAAGUCAGUUUCAGGAUAAACUUCAAGACUCCAUUUCAGAAUUAUUUGACAAUUUCUACGCGGAAUUCGGCGAUGACACGAUGAAGUUGUUGGAUGCUGCAGAUUUCAUAUACGAUGAUCUUAAUGUGGUGUAUCAGGAGAUUGUUCCAAGAUUUCCCAAAAAAUACAGUAUCUUCUCGGUUUAUGUUUUAGCGUAUCAUAGACAUUUAUACAAUAUUUUUGAUAAAAUUAUCAACUCGGAUCCGGACGCAAGAACAAUUCUAAGAUUAAUCCGUUGGGUCCGCCAGUAUUACAAGAAGAUGAAUAAGGAUUUUCGUAUAUCUGAAGACAUCUUGGAACCUCCUUUGCUUAAUGGAAAUGAACAAGAGUUGAUUGAUGAUUACAUUAAAUUGAUAAAGCGUAAACUUGACGAAUGGAUGACCAACUUAAUGAAUGACGAGACCAAGGAUUUCGUCGAACGAAGUAAAGCACCUGAGUUAGAUGCGAACAAGUUAUACGGUUUAUCCGGAUCUGUGAUUAUGUUUCAGAUGGUGAAUCAACAAAUUGAUGUGGCGGCGGAAUCAGGGCAAGGAAAAAUACUGGCAGAUGUGGUGAAGGAGUGCGCGAAAUCUAUGAAAGCAUCACAAGAAGUAUGGAUGAAAUUAUUGACCUUAGAGUUGAAAAGACAAAUCGAGAAGCCCGAUGAAGCUCCACCCGGAUUUGUGGAGUACGUCAUCGCGUUGGCUAAUGAUCAAAUCCGAUGCGCUGAUUUUACCGAUGCGAUCGUCAAUCGAUUAGCUAAUUCUCUUUCCGAGAAAUAUCGAAAUCAAAUUAACACCGAUCUCAAUGAUGCCAUGGAUGGAUUUUUUAUGGUUGCACAAGCGGCCAAGGACACGUUGAUAGAUAUAGUGUUUAAUGACCUUAAAUUACCAUUUAGUCAAUUAUAUACACCUAAUUGGUACCAAGAGGAUCCAAUGGUGCUUAUCAUUGAAACCAUCAAAGAUUACAACGACAACGAUUUCCAACCUCACAUGAAUGAGUAUCUAUUGGACAAAUUAAUGUCCAACAUCCUAGAAAGAUUUAUCAUCGCAUACAUUGAAGCCAUAAAAAAUAAAGGUGCAAAAUUCAAGAAGCCCGAGUGUCUAGAUCGAGCGCGUAGUGACCUCGGUACAGCGUUAACAUUCUUCCAACAACAACAUAUACCAGCGUCCGAAUUAAAAAAUACAUUUGAUGUAAUACACCGAAUUCACCAGUUAUUAGAAAGUAAUCGGAAAUCCAUAUUUUUGGAUUAUUAUUCAAUGAAGAAAAUCUACGGUGACAUGCCCAUCGGAUUUAUUGAAGAAAUUUUAACAAAAAGAGAUGAUCUAGAGAAAUCACACGUAAAGGAAAUAAUGGAUAACAUUAAAUCAAAAAAUAAAGAGAUUGGCGAAUACACUGGGAAACCCACCAUAUUUAGCAAGAUCAAUUGGUAG